AUGGAGGAAAUCCCAACCUUAAAGAUUCUUACACUAGGUGAUGCCAGCGUUGGCAAAACUUGUAUCCUUCUCCGAUUUUCAGAAGACGAGUUUCCAACCGUAACGAUGCCAACUAUAGGAAUUGAAUAUAAAACGAAACUUGUGCAAAUCCAAGGUGAGCAGGUCAAGUUACAGGUAUGGGACACUGCAGGACAGGAACGCUACCACCGCACACUUGCAAGCACUUUUUACCGUCGCGCAAAUGGGAUUGUACUCGUUUUUGAUUUGACUGACAGGAAUUCUUUAGAUCAUGUCGAAAAUUGGAUGAAGCAGAUCAGGCAGAAAGCUGAUCCCAAAGUUGCAAUUAUUUUGGUAGGAAAUAAAAUGGAUUUAAUUGAUCAAACUACCUUUCCUGAUGGAAAAGCGCUUGCUGAUUCUUAUGGUAUUCCUUUUUUCAUGGUGAGUGCUAAGACAGGCAAAAAUAUUGCUGACACCCCUCUUAAAAUUGGAACAAAAUAUCCUGCUCUAGUUAAUUUUUUUAAUAUUAAAACAAUAUAAAUUGAAUGAAAUCUUUUUUGGAUUUAAAUUUAUUUUAUAAAAAAUUAAUUCAAUAAAUUAAUCAAGUCAGUGUGAAAACUGUUUAAAUUGAAUUUUACUCGAACUUUUCCAUUUAUUAUAUCAAACUAUUACCUCUAUUUAAAAAUAUCAAAAAACGAAAUUUUGCCUAUAAUUAGUUCCAAUCUAAAGGAGGGGUGAGGUUUAUAAUACUUUGUCAGAUAUGAUCGUAAGGCAAGAUCCCACAGUUUUGCAAGGAAAUAAUGCACCACCUGCAACAGUCCAUGUCAGGACUCCUCCUGUUGUGCAAAAGAAAGAUACUAUGUGCUGCAAAUAA